AUGCGAGUAAGCCGGGGCGUCAUAUUUGUUUAACAAUUCCUAAUACUAUGUAUUCACGUCCUGCGUCAUCCUUGGCGCCUCCAUGAAGAUCUGGAGAAGAUGAAAAAAAAAUGACAUCAACUCCUCCCUCCAUGUCUCACUCCUCAUCUUCGACCCCUACUAAUAACAUUUGCGACCGCUGUCAGGGGGUGCCAUGGGAUCUCAUAGCAGACCCAAAACAAACGUCUACAGAUCCGUACCUGUGGGUGUCCGAAUCUCACGGGCAGCUCAAGUCUUCAAGCUGUCGUAUCUGCCGCCUGCUGGCGAAUAUCAAGUCGCCGUCGUUAGAUGGGAAAAUCUGUCCUCUGUUAUCGCAACGCACCUGCUGGAUCCAGUGCCGUAGCAAAUGGAUAUUGGACAUCUCGCAGAGCAGCAACCUUGUGCAUUUCGGCGACGAGUCCAGGGGUACGAUCGAAGUGUCUAGGCCGGACCAGAUUAUCAACAUUGGGAUUCAGCGUAUAGACCCCGAACACGUCUCGUUCAAGAGGUUGCAGGAUUGCGUAUCGUAUUGCCGCCAGAACCACAGUCGAGUUUGUAUUCGACCAACGUUUCAGCCGGCUUCUGGCUUUCGGGUGAUCAACUGCACAGACCCAGCUCAAAGGAUUGUUCCCGCGCCUCCGGAAUGUAAGUACGCAGCCUUGUCGUAUGUCUGGGGCAAUACCACAAGAUCGUGUUCCUCAGGUGUAUAUCCACAGGUGAUCGUUGAUGCCAUAAACGUUACCUUGUCCAUGGGACUCCAAUACCUUUGGGUUGAUCGCCAUUGCAUCGACCAAAACAACGCGAUGGAUAAACAUAAUCAAAUUUCUCAGAUGGGCAAUAUUUACGCAAACUCGGAAAUAACCAUCAUUGCCUCGGCAGGAACAGACGCUACCUACGGCCUCCCGGGAAUAAGCAGGCCUCGCAAGCAACAAUCAGGGGAAGUUAUUAACGGCAUAUCUCUUCUGGAAGGCUUUCCCCAUCCCGUCCAUGCGGUAAAGGAGUCAGCGUGGGCACGUCGCGGCUGGACGUAUCAAGAGGCGUUUCUAUCGCCGAGGAGACUUGUCUUUACCGAUUACGGCGUCUGGUACCUGUGCGAUAAAAUAUGCCUGGCUGAACACGAAAAGGUCCCGAUAACGAAGAUCUCGUCGCUCCCGACCUUUGAGAUCCGCACGUUCACCCCGCACCCGGACCUGGAUGAUAGGUACGUAGCGCCACGGACCAGGGCUGCCAACGAUAUGAUCGUCGAAUAUAGCCGCAGGGAACUGAGAUACGCUUCGGACGCGCUGGACGCUAUGCUAGGCGUUUUGCAGUUCCUGGAAACGAAAGGCGUGUAUUCCAUCUGGGGGACUGUUAUAUACGAAGAGCGACCCGUAAUCAAUUGGCAGCACAAGCAUCCGGGCAAGAGACGGCCUGGAUUCCCCAGCUGGUCCCCCCUCGGCUGGGAAGGCCCCAUCAAACUCGAAAACUUCCUUGGCUAUAACGACUUCGAGGUAGCACUAGGAGAGAAAAGCGAAACUCCGCUGCCUGGCCAGAACCCCAUAAGCACCACCGCCGCGGGACUGGCGAAGGGCGGGAAGGACGCGCCCCGGUUUUUACAUCUGACAGGGUAUGUAGUCGACCUGCUCCUCGAGAACAUCCAGUGGGCAGACUCGCGGAAAUCGCACCAGACGACGUUCCACCUCGCCGCGGGCGAAUACAAGCACAACCACACGCUCUCCGACGGGACAUACGCUUCCCUACGGAUAUCCCCCGAGACGAGCGUUCUGGCCAAGGCCAAGCUCGACGGCGCGGAAGGACCCGGGGCGAGCACGAGGACGAGGCCCGUGCUCGGACUGCUGCUUAGACGGUACAGCGACGACGCGUAUUACCCGCACCUGAUGGACCCGACGGUCAAGAACGCGGAUUUCCUGUUGCUGGAAAGAAGACAAGGAGGCGGGGGCAGUGGUGCGUGGUGUUGGUAUUACGAGAGGAUUGGGUAUUUGGAGUGUAAGAUACGAGCUCAGGAGGAGGAGCAGCAGCAGGAGAGGGAGAAGGAUUAUCUUCAGGAUACGGUGUUCGUUGACGGUGUCAGUGGCGAUGUGUUGGAUGAUGUGAGUAUACCCAGGGGAGACCCGUUAUGGCGCGAGGGAGCUGGAUGGCGGACUGUUGUCGUAGGGUGAAUUUGGAAUAUUUAUUAUAUUAGGUAGGUAGGUAGGUACAUGGGCUUGUGAAGGAAGUCAGGGGCACGUCGGUGUAGAGUAUGGAAGGGUUUGGGAGCAUACCUAGGUAUUCACUGCCGCAAGUCAAGCCAGAAAAACGCAUUGUAUUUUAUAUUGUUAGGUAUUUACUUACUUACCUAGGGAGGUACUCAAUCAAGGCAGUGAAAGGGAGAAAGAAGUACUGCC